UUCCGACGCGAGUAACUGUUCACAGUGCCAUACACGCGUAUCCGACAGUGCUCCGCGUACACGACGAUCUUAGACGCAAUGUUAUCUUUCGAAUCGUUGUAAUAUCAUGAUAUCAAAAUGUCAACGUACUGUCGCAUCACUGGCAAAAGUCGCGGAUUGCCGAAGCCGAAUUAUUUCCCGUUGCUUCCGCCAAUAUCACCAGCGGAUGCAAAACGAUUUUGUAGAAUUACCGGCAAAUCGUACGGUUUGCCGGCACACCAUUACAUACCAGUAUUAGUGGGCAGAAAGAAGACAUCAUUGUCAGACACUAAACAUGUAGUUUUAAAUGGAUACCGGUAUGUGUUCCCGGUAAUAGAAGGAUGCACAGAAUUAUCAGAAAUAUUGAAAACCGAGUGCGACGACGAAAAGAGAUACGUUUACGCGGUAAACAAACGCAGGUGCAGUCUUAUUUUCCCUACAAGUUUAGAAAAUGCUGUCAGAUAUGGUGACGUGAAAGAUAUAAUGAUGUCAGAGACAAAUGACACGGUACUAUUGAAAUUACGUAGAGGUAACACUGUGGAACUAGAAGUCAAAGACACAGACAUAUCAGAAGUAAAACUGUUGGAGGGCGAAGGGUUUCGGAACAGACCCAGGAAAAACACAAAAUCUGUAAAGGAUGACUGGAGACGAAAAAUAUUUGAAGAAAAAGAAAAAGAAAGUGAGGCUGAAUUAGAAGAAGAGGAACUUAAGUCAAAACGUAUGACAUUUUCUGCUGGUCAGAGUAAAAUAAUCGAACCUAUUAAAUCUAAAUCUGAGUUGACCAUAUUAAAUACUAAAUCGUUAACGAUUUCUAACAUUCAUAACAUUGUAAAACCAUCUACAGAAAAGUUAAUUCUCACCGACAUGCUUUCUGAGGUUAAACUUGAAAGCAAUACAUUACCAUGUCCUGUUAUAAUUGAACCAAAUAUAGUAGAUCUUAGUACUGCGUUUCCAGGCGUUGUUCAUCAAACUUUACUAGAUGAAUCAACUAUUACUAAUUUACCAAUCGCUCCAGUUAUUUCUCCAAUAAAUCCUCUAGUUAAAGAUUAUAUGAAACUUUGUAGUGUAUCGCUUGAUAGUGAUGCUUGUGAGACAGAUGAAAUGUUCGUCGGGAAUAAUAUUGUUAAUAUUGAUAAACUAGUAAAAUUAAACGAAAUUGAUUCGUUGAUUAAAAGUAUUCAUAUAGGUACACCUGAAACUAUAAAAACGGAUAAAGGAAUAGUUAAGGCUCUUAAGUUGGAUAUUGCUGGUGCGCAAAAAUAUGUACCUGGACAAUACGUACAAACUCCAGAAGGUGAUAAAUUUAUACCCGGAACAACUGUGUGUACACCGAGUGGUAAAAUGUUUGUGCAUGGUAUAAUGGUUCAAACUCCAGAAGGACCAAAACUUUUACCAGGUCAAAUUAUUGAAAAUGCUGAUACGCCGCCUAUUUUUGUAGCCGGACAAAAUAUUGUUACUAGAGUUGGAGAAUCAUUUGUUCCUGGACAGACAAUCGCAGUUAACGGUGAGAAAAAGUUUUUUCCUGGGCAAACGGUUACUACUACUAGUGGUAUUGGGUUUGUUCCUGGCCAAACUAUUAAUAAUGAUGAUGAGCUACACUUUAUUCCAGGACAAACCAUAAUGACUACUCAUGGUCCUGAAUUUGUACCUGGGCAAUUUUGGGAAAAUGGUAAUAUUGAAUUUACUCCAGGACAAAGUAUAUUAAAAGAAAACGGUGAAUGGGAAUUCGUUCCAGGAGUACGUGUAGGGUCCUCUUUCGUUCCAGGGUUAAAUGUUAAAGAAAAAGAAGAAAAAGAAUUCAUACCGGGAAGACUAGUUGAAACUAAUGGCAACACAUCAUUUGUACCUGGAAUAACAUCGUUAGACAAUAAUGGCAACACUAAAUUCUUGUCUGGAAUAAGUAUUGAAACCGAACAUGGAACGAAAUUUGUUUCAGGAAAUAUUUUAAGGGACAACGUUGGAAACAAGCAGUUUGUAUUAGGUCAUUCACGAUCUUCGGAAAAUGGACUAGUCGAAUUUGUUAAAGCAAAAUCAAUUCAGGAAGCUAUUUGUUCUGAUGAAGUGCAAUCUGGUAUAUUAACAAAUAACUCUUUUUACCCUAAGGGGGAAAAAUCUGAUGAAGUUUUUGGUCACAUGGUACAAACUCUCUAUGGUGUCGAAUUCUACCCUGGCGAUAAAGCUGGUGGGUUACCCGCGGGUAAAAUAGUUUCUGGUAAACUAAUAAGGAAAAAUGGUAUUAGAUUUGUACCGGGAAUAAUCGUCGAUGAAAAGUUUGUACCCGGUCAAAGAGUAGUAACAGAUCGAGGAGAACAAUUCGUACCCGGACAAGUGAUUGAAACACAUACUGGACCAAAAUUCGUUCCAGGCCAAGUAGUAGAAACUGAAAAUGGUUCAAAGUUCGUACCAGGUCAAACUAUAGAAACAAAAGAUGGUGUGAAAUUUGUUCCUGGUCAAAUAGUAGAAACUAAAGCAGGCCCUACAUUUAUACCCGGUCAAAUAAUAUUUACGGAAGAGGAAGGGUCAAGAUUUGUUCCAGGACAAGUUGUUAAUACAGCUGAAGGGCCUAGAUUUGUACCAGGUAGAGUUAUUGAAACAGGCGAUCGAGUUACUUUUAUUCCUGGCCAAAUAGUUGAAACCACUGAAGGCUUAAAAUUUAUAGCUCCUGAUCUUCACGAUGCAGAAGAUGGUGACUGCAAGUUCAGCGUUCAAGGAUUUGAGGUUCCUCCAGAAGAACUUAAAGUUCUCCAACCUAAUAUUCUACAAACUUCAUAUUUUACUCAAAGUCGUGAAAUGGCCCUAGAUUCAAAAAUGUUGGAACAAUUGUCAUUAGCAGGGAUGAGUAUUGGACGUCAUGUUCCAGUUGAAUUACCAGCGGUUGAUGUAAGUUCCUUGCCUUCAAUGACCGCUGCAUGGGAAGUCUCAGAAAAAUUAGAACUUAAUAAUGAAUCUACUAUUAAAUUAGCGCAUAUUAUUAAUCGGUUAUGUAAACUAGAAAUAAAAAACGCAUAUUAUGGAUCAUCAUUAGUACAAUCACUUAUAAAAAAAUUGCCAAAAAAUAAAUCAAACGAAACUGUUGGCCAUCUCAUUGAAAGUAUACUCAUGACUGCAAAAUCUAGCCCCACUGCUGCUUUAAACGAAAUGUAUGCGGUAUUAUUUGAUGAUGGAUUUAUUGAAGAUCUAAAAAAUCCAAACAAAGUUAACAUUUUAAAAGGAAUAAUGAAUAGUUUUGAACUCGAGCCUAAGUAUAUCGCGGAAGCAUUCAAUGAAAUUCUUAACGAAAUAGAAGAUUCCAAACUUCGUUCAGCAUUCGAACACAUCACUGACGAAAAUAUAGAACUACUAAAUCAAGUAAAAUUAAAAAUAAAUAUGGAAAAUGUUAACACUGAGAGAGAAGCAAUCGAAGCAUUACAAUGCGCCAUCAUCAAUGUUGUUAAUGAAGCUAGUAAUUUCAGCGUAAAUCAAGUAUUAAGGGACAAAAAAAGUGAGAGUUUCAAACAACUUAUAUCUGAUGCUGUUGCACUUGCUAAGGCUCUUGGACUUAGAGAAGUUGCAUCUAUACUUAUGGAUAUACUUGAUGAUCGCCGGUCUACUGAUAUAUUAGCAUCAGAUAAAAUAACGGUUGACAUACUAAGACGGUUAACGGUAAUGAGAAAACUCGCAGAAAGGAGACCUGAUUUCAAAGAAACUUUAAAAGGAAUGUCUGCAGAUCCACAUGAAGCUAGAAUGGAUCCAAAUUUACGUGAGCUGGUCAGAGAAAGUGCAAUUUUAUUAUUUUCUCCUGAAGCAAAAGUCGAAACGUCUUUUGAUGUUCCUGUAGAACUAUUUAGUCCUAGAAACAGUUUAGCAAUGGAAGAUUUUUUGGUGAAAUCAAGAAGAAUGGGCAUUUUGCUUAUAAUCAAAAAUGGACUUCAGGCAGUUGUACCACGAGAGGCAUCAAGAUCAGUGUUGACGGGACAAGUUCCUUAUUCAGUUUUGGAUGAAAAGGGCAUACAUCGUUUUGAACCAAUGAAUGUGUUAGAUGCUUUAAAACUGCCUGCUUUUACUCCACGAAGAUAUGCUAUGUACAAUUGUGCUCUUCAAAGAACGUUAACUGAAGACGAAGGGACACUUACUCGAGACAGUUCAAUAAGUUUGGAAGAAAAACCAUUAACAAACGGAGAGGGCGGCGGUGAGGAGUAUGAAGUAUUACAAGAAUAUGAAUCAGAACCUGUUGAAGGUGCUGAUGAAGAAGACGAAUUAAUUUUAGAACCGGGUGACAAAGUGGUUGUAUUAAAACAGGCCAAAAAUGAUCCUUCAAUGGACGUGGUGGUAAAACGAAACCUUCUAUUGGACAAUUCAGCAGCCAAACACAAAAUGUCAGUACGGCCAAAUAAAGUACAUCCGGUCAAACACAAGUCCUUGGAAAUGGACGGGUCACUGGUACAAAGUGUCGACGAGCCUACAAAAAUGGGAUACGUACCAAAUAGUAUACUUAAAAAAAUACCUGCUCCAGUAAAAGCUUCAGCUAUAGUUCCUGAGUUUGGCCAAACAUUAUCAAAAAAAGAUGCAAAAUUCAAUAGAGAUGUUGUUCUCGCUGAAUUAGUAGAAACUGAAGAGGAAUUUGGCCAGGAUAUUCAAGAAGUAGUAGAAAGGUAUUUAAAUCCAAUUGAACGAAAUGAUGCUCCUAGAUUGGUCAGAGAUAGUAAAGAUAUCAUAUUCAACAAUUUAAAACAAAUUUCACAAUUUCAUAACACAGUACUCAUUUCUGGGUUAAAAUAUGCUGCUAGUGAACCAAAAACAAUGGGAAGAACUUUCUUGCGCCUUGAACGAGACUUCGAUAGGCACGUUAAUUACUGUCAAACAGAACCAGAUGCACAAGAUUACCUUGAAGACAACUACGAAGUACAUGAAUACUUUGAGAACGAACGAUUAAAAUGCAGCGAUGACAAAAAACUUUCUGAACAUUUAAAGUUACCGAUUCAACGUAUUAAUGAUUAUCAGCUUUUACUAAAGGAACUAAUCAAGUAUUCGUUGCUAAUUGGAGAAGACACCACCGACUUAGAAAGGGCUCUUGAGUUGAUGCUAUCGAUUCCACAUAGAUUUAACGACACGAAAUUUUUAACGAACAUAGAAGGAUAUCACGGUACUAUUCAUAAAUUAGGACGAUUAUUAAAACACGGAUGGUAUUACGUUCAAGACGCUGAAGAUCCAAAAGGACAUCAACGUUACUGUUUCUUAUUCAAAUCGAGAAUACUCGUGUGUAAAGUUCGACGAAUUUCUGAAGAUCGGUCUGUAUUUGUACUGAAAGACAUAAUCAGACUGCCUGAAGUAACUGUGAAGCCAUCGCCUGACAAUAAACGUGUGUGGGAACUUCACCAUAGUCAAGGCGAAGUAGGAAAUUACCCUUUUACGUUUAGGGCUAACGAAGACAUAAGUAGAGACCAGUGGAUUACUGAAAUAAAUGAUCAUCAAAAUGAUUUGCGUGAAUUAGAAGAACUGAAGGAACAAUAUUGGGAAAGAGAUAGUGUUUCUAUAACGGAAACAAUAAGUGAAUCAUCUAUUUCAGUGACGAAAAUAGAGCAUAAUAGUGACGACAUCAAAGUACAAAAGCAGAAAGACGAAGAUCUAUUCGAACCGCUUAAAGGUAUUGAAUUGGAUAUUUCUGCUGAAAUUGAAGAAGGAUUAGAUCCCAUUGAACGACGACUGGCACCUAAGCCGCUAAAGCACGUUGAAGAACCAAAACGUCCACCACUGACCCUUCCCCCUAAAGAACCGAUCUUUGAAUGCACUUCACCGCCACCAGUAGAUAACAAAAAACCAGAACCACCCAAAGAAGAAAUAGUUGAAAUUUUAGAGACGGUUAAACAAGAAGUGAAAAUUGAAGAAAAAGUAGUAGAAGUGGUUAAAACUAUUGAGGAACCGCCCGUAGAGGUUAUGGAGCAACCUCCUCCUUGUCCUCCUCCUGAAAGGUCACCUUCACCAGCUGAAGAAGAAAUUGAAUCUGAGCCACUCAAAUACAUAGAGGGCGUAUCAAAACCCUAUUUUCAUACCAAUAUUACAGGAACCAAUCAUGGAGCUGGCGAAAAUGCUAUUUUUGAAUGUCAAGUGGAAGGAGCUAAUAGUGUUACUUGGUUGAAGAAUAACAUGCCUUUACCAAGUAGCAUGACUCAUAGAAUUUCAGUUACUGAAGACAAAGAUAACAAUAUCUACAAACUGCAAAUUAAUAAAGUAAUCGAAUCAGAUUCAGGAACAUACACAAUUAAAGCUGAGAACGCUAUUGGGACAUCAACCAGCACAACACAAUUAUUUGUUGAAAAUCUUACUACUGACGAAAAAAAAUCAAGAGCUAAAGCUAAUGCUCCAUUAUUUGCUGUUAAACUUUCGGAUGCUGAACUUUUGGAAAAUACACACGCAAGGUUCAUGAUUGAAAUAAAAGGAAGUCCGGCGCCUAAAAUGAAAUUCUACAAAGGAAACACCGAAAUAUUGAACGAUGACAACAGAAUUCAAGUUUUGGUAGUUGAUAAAGAAAAGGGUAUAUAUGAGAUAGUCAUACCCGAUGUUAAACCAGAAGAUGCCGGAGAGUAUAGAGUCAUAGCCAGUAACAAAUAUUCGGAAGAGUCGUGCUCGUGCUUUGUGACUGUGACUAGCGAAAAAGAUUUAUGGGCGCGAUUAGAAAAUCAUACUCCGGAUAUAUCACCAAAAUUUACUUGGCUGAAAAACGGAAAGCCAUUUAACCCUGAGGACAGGUUUAAAGUAUUAUUUAGAGACGACGAAGAUUCGUUAGCGUUAGUUUUUCAAAACGUUAAACCGGAAGAUGCCGGUUUGUAUACUUGUAUAGCUUCAACGUCUCAUGGAAAAAUAUCAUGUAGUGCCGAAUUAAACGUACAAGGUAUUGUUAUGGAAAGAAAGAAUGAACCAUACGCUCCAAAAAUAAUUGCAGAAGUAAAAGAAUUUGAGACUAAAAUUCUAAGUACCUCGAUUUUAGAAGCUAAAGUUUAUGGUGAUCCAGAACCAGAGGUUAUAUGGCUUAAAGAUGGUAUACAAGUCGAAGAAAAUGAAAGAAUAAAAACUAUGUAUGAAGAAAAUACAUCUACAUUAGUGAUAAAAAAUGUCGAAGUUGAGGACGAAGGAGAUUACCAAAUUGUUGCUAAAAAUGAAAUAGGAUCCGAGACAGAAACAGUUAAUUUAGCAAUAAAAGCGGCUCCAAGGUUUAAAAAGAAUUUAUCAGAUUAUGACGGCGUCACUGGUAAAGACAUUUCUUUGACGGUUGAAAUUGAAGCAUCUCCAAAGCCAAUAGUUCAAUGGUAUAAAGAUAGUAAAACCAUAAAGAAAUCAAGUAGAAUAAAGUACGUGAAUGACGAAGUAUCCGGUAGUUACACUUUGAUUAUUUUGGACUCAAAAAUGGAAGACGCUGGAUUGUACUCUGUAGUCGCUUCAAAUCAAUAUAGUCAAAUAUCUGAUGCAUGCCGAGUAGACCUUAAAAUGCCUCCACAGUUUAUAGGUGCUCUAUCUAAAGAAGUCGAAACUCUAGAAGGAGAUUAUGUAUCAUUAAGUGUUCGAGUAGAAGGUGAUCCACCACCAGAAGUCAAAUGGUAUUUUAAUGAUAAGUUAAUUGUUGCUGAUAACACACAUAUAAAAUUAAAUUCUGAAGGCGAUGUGCAUACUCUAUUGAUCAGUAAUAUAACAAGACACGACUCCGGUAAAUACACUUGCGAGAUUAGUAAUGAAUCUGGCAAAAAUACUAGUGACGGAAAACUAUUUGUGAGAUGUCCGCCGAUUUUUGAAACUCCAUUAAAUGAUACAAAAGCAGUAGAAGGUGACACAAAUGUAGAAUUUACUGUACAGCUAAAUUCUUAUCCAAAACCAACAGUUCAAUGGUUCCGCGAAGAAGAAGAAAUAACAGAGACAACAACCGAAUUUACAUGUAUUGAAGAUGGUGAUAAUUAUAAAUUAAUAAUUAAAGAAGCUAAAACAAAACUGGCUGGAAAAUAUAAAUGCAGAGCAACAAAUGAAAUUGGCACAUAUGACUCAGAAGCAACUCUUACCGUUAUGUCUCAACCUAUGUUCAAAAAAGGUCUUAAAGACAUAGAUGUAACUGAAGGAGGGUUGCUUAAACUUCAAGUAAUUUGUCAUGGUAGUCCGCCUCCAGAAAUCAAAUGGUUUAAGGAUGGUAAAGAAGUACGAAGUGAUGCUCAUAUUAAAAUCUCUAGAGAUACUAAAAGGGUAGAAAACUUCAGUCUUACCGUUAAUCUCGUGAAACUUGAAGAUGGUGGAGAGUAUGAAGUUAGAGCUACUAAUGAAAUGGGAACAGCAGUUACUAAAAGCAUAGUGAAUAUAUUAGCUAAACAUUCAACUGAUUACAAAGACGAUGGAGAUGAAAGCACGAAAAAAAAAACUAACGAAGAAGUUAUUGAAACUGUAGACAUUAAAGAAAAAGUGUUUCCUACAUUCAAUACCAAUGAUGAAAGAUUUGCUGAGAGCUGUGUGAAAAUAAAGAGUAACGAAGAUAGAAAAUUUAAUAUAUCAUCAUCACGAAUAACAGAUGGUGAUUGCGUAGUAAAUUCAGAAGAAAGUGUAGUAAUAGUAAACAGCCAGUCUGGAGAAUUUAGCUGUGUGGAAAUAAGUUGGGAGGAAUCCUCUACUAAACACAAAAGCUACUAUGGCCUCGUCGAAGAGCCUAAAGAUGAAAGAAUUAUACCAAUAAAAAUAGAUAGAGGACUAUCUAUACAUACUGCCACAGAUGAAGAAGAUGAACCAUUUUGGACGUUUGAAAAUGUCAAACUACACGAAGACGAACAUUUAAUGGCUAAUAGACCGAAAGGAACAAAAUCUGCUUCCAUAUUAUCAAGAGAAAACAGUGAAGAUGAAGAUAGUUCCCUAAAUGACUUAUUAAAACGAGUAAAGAAACAAAGGAGUGAUUUAGAACAGAUAUUAGAAAUUAAAAAUAAAACUCAUAUUAUACCCUCACCCUCAGAUAAUAGUAAAAGAGAUUCUCUAUCAAGAUAUUCUUCGAUUGACGAAAUAGAUGAUGGCUCAAUUUCAGUGAUUGAAAAAUUAAGUAGAAAGUAUUCAAAACAAGAAUAUAAUGAUUUGGAGGUGGCUAAACCAAAAUCUGCUGAAAAGACUUUAAGCAAACACUAUGAAAAGAGUGAACAUCAUUCGUUAUCUAAAAUAUCUUCAAUUAAUAGUCAAACUAAGUUGCCCGAACGUGGAUCUCUUACAAAUUCAUUCUUGACUGAUAAGUCGAACGAUAUACUUCCAGGAUCGUAUUCCAGACUAUCCACUACUGACGAAAAAGGUAAAAUUACCAAACGCGGAUCAUAUUCAAGACUUUAUUCUAAUGAUGAUCAAAGUGACCUUCAUAAACGAGAAUCAAUAUCAAGAUUAUUAUCCAUUGAUGAUGACAAAGAUGUUACAAACCGAAGAUCAAUUUCCAGACUAUCCUCCAAUGACGAUCAGAGAGAGCUGUUUAAACGAGAAUCGUUUUCAAAAUAUUCAUCUAAAGAAGAUAGCACAGAAGAAACACUUAUGGCAACAAGUGAUGUAUCAUCUAUAAGAAACAAAAACUAUAGUCACCGUGAGUAUUUAAUAAAACAAUCUAGUAUUAUAAGCGAUGGUCUAUUAAGUAUGUGUGAUGAAUCAAACAAAAUUGACGAUAAGAGAAAAAUAUCAUUAUAUUCAACCGAUGACCGAAGUGAAAAACCCAAACGAGGAUCUCUCUCAAAACUACCGUCUACUGAAGAAUUGAAUGCAAAACCUAAACGAGGUUCUUUAUCUAAAUUAGGUUCUACUGAUGACCAAAGUGAACUACCAAAGCGAGGAUCUCUCUCAAAACUACCGUCUACUGAAGAUUUGAAUGUAAAACCUAAACGAGGUUCUUUAUCUAAAUUAGGUUCUACUGAUGACCAAAGUGAACUACCAAAGCGUGGAUCUCUCUCAAAACUGCCUUCUACUGAAGAUUUGAAUGAAAAACCUAAACGAGGUUCUUUAUCUAAAUUAGGUUCUACUGAUGACCAAAGUGAACAGCCAAAGCGAGGAUCUCUCUCAAAACUACCGUCUACUGAAGAUUUGAAUGUAAAACCUAAACGAGGUUCUAUAUCUAAAUUAGGUUCUACUGAUGACCAAAGUGAACUACCAAAGCGAGGAUCUCUCUCAAAACUACCGUCUACUGAAGAUUUGAAUGAAAAACCAAAACGAGGUUCUAUAUCUAAAUUAGGUUCUACUGAUGACCAAAGUGAACAGCCAAAGCGAGGAUCUCUCUCAAAACUACCGUCUACUGAAGAUUUGAAUGUAAAACCUAAACGAGGUUCUUUAUCUAAAUUAGGUUCUACUGAUGACCAAAGUGAACUACCAAAGCGAGGAUCUCUCUCAAAACUACCGUCUACUGAAGAUUUGAAUGAAAAACCAAAACGAGGUUCUAUAUCUAAAUUAGGUUCUUCUGAUGACCAAAGUGAACAACCAAAGCGAGGAUCUCUCUCAAAACUACCGUCUACUGACGAUUUGAAUGUAAAACCUAAACGAGGUUCUUUAUCAACACUUACUGAAGACGAGAAACGUGCAGAUGAGGGGGAGCUGAACCGUGGACUAAAAAUUAAAAAGCCACUAACUGACCUCGAAAGUAUUAAAGGUCAAACGGUUUCUUGGUCGAUAACGCUAGAGUCAGCUACUGUUCCUGACAUUGAGUGGACUAAGAAUGACAAAGAAGUUACAGCAGAAUUUUCAGUUCGUUCAAUAGAAGUUUCUUAUGGUAUCAAAGAAUUUACAUUCACAAUGGUUAUCCCGUCUUGUAAACUUAGUGACGCUGGCACAUACCGAGUAAAAGCUAAAAAUAAAUUUGAAUCCACUGAAUGUAGUGCCCGGUUAGACAUCGUAAUGAGACCAGAAAUCAACGGAUUUCGCGAUAUCAUCGUUAUGCCUUCCACGAAAGCUGUAUUUGAAGUCAUUAUAAACGCCGCCCCUAAACCAGAAAUUAUUUGGUCUUACAAUGGAAAUGAUUUAUCCAAAGGAAAAAAUGUUGAAAUUAUAAGUGAAGAACUUGAAGACAAUAUUACAAAACACCAACUCGUUAUUAGAAAUGUAGAUAGCACAUAUGCUGGUAAAUACGAAGUAAAAGCAUGGAACAAAGUAGGGGAAACCACAGCCAUUGCCCAACUCAAAUUAAACAAUUCUAUUGAUGAAAGAAGUGAACACCCUAAAAGAGGUUCUCUCUCAAAACUGCCAUCUACUGAAGAUUUGAAUGAAAAACCUAAACGAGGUUCUUUAUCUAAAUUAGGUUCUACUGAUGACCAAAGUGAACAGCCAAAGCGAGGAUCUCUCUCAAAACUACCGUCUACUGAAGAUUUGAAUGUAAAACCUAAACGAGGUUCUAUAUCUAAAUUAGGUUCUACUGAUGACCAAAGUGAACAGCCAAAGCGAGGAUCUCUCUCAAAACUACCGUCUACUGAAGAUUUGAAUGAAAAACCUAAACGAGGUUCUUUAUCUAAAUUAGGUUCUACUGAUGACCAAAGUGAACUACCAAAGCGAGGAUCUCUCUCAAAACUACCGUCUACUGAAGAUUUGAAUGUAAAACCUAAACGAGGUUCUAUAUCUAAAUUAGGUUCUUCUGAUGACCAAAGUGAACAACCAAAGCGAGGAUCUCUCUCAAAACUACCGUCUACUGACGAUUUGAAUGUAAAACCUAAACGAGGUUCUUUAUCAACACUUACUGAAGACGAGAAACGUGCAGAUGAGGGGGAGCUGAACCGUGGACUAAAAAUUAAAAAGCCACUAACUGACCUCGAAAGUAUUAAAGGUCAAACGGUUUCUUGGUCGAUAACGCUAGAGUCAGCUACUGUUCCUGACAUUGAGUGGACUAAGAAUGACAAAGAAGUUACAGCAGAAUUUUCAGUUCGUUCAACUGAAGUGCCUUAUGGUAUCAAAGAAUUUACAUUCACAAUGGUUAUCCCGUCUUGUAAACUUAGUGAUGCUGGCACAUACCGAGUAAAAGCUAAAAAUAAAUUUGAAUCCACUGAAUGUAGUGCCCGGUUAGACAUCGUAAUGAGACCAGAAAUCAACGGAUUUCGCGAUAUCAUCGUUAUGCCUUCCACGAAAGCUGUAUUUGAAGUCAUUAUAAACGCCGCCCCUAAACCAGAAAUUAUUUGGUCUUACAAUGGAAAUGAUUUAUCCAAAGGAAAAAAUGUUGAAAUUAUAAGUGAAGAACUUGAAGACAAUAUUACAAAACACCAACUCGUUAUUAGAAAUGUAGAUAGCACAUAUGCUGGUAAAUACGAAGUAAAAGCAUGGAACAAAGUAGGGGAAACCACAGCAAUUGCCCAACUCAAAUUAAACAAUUCUAUUGAUGAAAGAAGUGAACACCCUAAAAGAGGUUCUCUCUCAAAACUGCCAUCUACUGAAGAUUUGAAUGAAAAACCUAAACGAGGUUCUUUAUCUAAAUUAGGUUCUUCUGAUGACCAAAGUGAACAACCAAAGCGAGGAUCUCUCUCAAAACUACCGUCUACUGACGAUUUGAAUGUAAAACCUAAACGAGGUUCUUUAUCUAAAUUAGGUUCUACUGAUGACCAAAGUGAACUACCAAAGCGAGGAUCUCUCUCAAAACUACCGUCUACUGAAGAUUUGAAUGUAAAACCUAAACGAGGUUCUUUAUCUAAAUUAGGUUCUACUGAUGACCAAAGUGAACUACCAAAGCGAGGAUCUCUCUCAAAACUACCGUCUACUGAAGAUUUGAAUGAAAAACCAAAACGAGGUUCUAUAUCUAAAUUAGGUUCUUCUGAUGACCAAAGUGAACAACCAAAGCGAGGAUCUCUCUCAAAACUACCGUCUACUGACGAUUUGAAUGUAAAACCUAAACGAGGUUCUUUAUCAACACUUACUGAAGACGAGAAACGAGCAGAUGAGGGGGAGCUGAACCGUGGACUAAAAAUUAAAAAGCCACUAACUGACCUCGAAAUUAUUAAAGGUCAAACGGUUUCUUGGUCGAUAACGUUAGAGUCAGCUACUGUUCCUGACAUUGAGUGGACUAAGAAUGACAAAGAAGUUACAGCAGAAUUUUCAGUUCGUUCAAUAGAAGUUUCUUAUGGUAUCAAAGAAUUUACAUUCACAAUGGUUAUCCCGUCUUGUAAACUUAGUGACGCUGGCACAUACCGAGUAAAAGCUAAAAAUAAAUUUGAAUCCACUGAAUGUAGUGCCCGGUUAGACAUCGUAAUGAGACCAGAAAUCAACGGAUUUCGCGAUAUCAUCGUUAUGCCUUCCACGAAAGCUGUAUUUGAAGUCAUUAUAAACGCCGCCCCUAAACCAGAAAUUAUUUGGUCUUACAAUGGAAAUGAUUUAUCCAAAGGAAAAAAUGUUGAAAUUAUAAGUGAAGAACUUGAAGACAAUAUUACAAAACACCAACUCGUUAUUAGAAAUGUAGAUAGCACAUAUGCUGGUAAAUACGAAGUAAAAGCAUGGAACAAAGUAGGGGAAACCACAGCCAUUGCCCAACUCAAAUUAAACAAUUCUAUUGAUGAAAGAAGUGAACACCCUAAAAGAGGUUCUCUCUCAAAACUGCCAUCUACUGAAGAUUUGAAUGAAAAACCUAAACGAGGUUCUUUAUCUAAAUUAGGUUCUACUGAUGACCAAAGUGAACAGCCAAAGCGAGGAUCUCUCUCAAAACUACCGUCUACUGAAGAUUUGAAUGUAAAACCUAAACGAGGUUCUAUAUCUAAAUUAGGUUCUACUGAUGACCAAAGUGAACAGCCAAAGCGAGGAUCUCUCUCAAAACUACCGUCUACUGAAGAUUUGAAUGUAAAACCUAAACGAGGUUCUAUAUCUAAAUUAGGUUCUACUGAUGACAAAAGUGAACAGCCAAAGCGAGGAUCUCUCUCGAAACUACCAUCUACUGAUGAUAUGAGUUAUAAAUCUAAUCGUGGUGAUGAGACACUUAAGUCGAAUGAAAGUUUUAAACGAAACAAUACUGAUGGUAUAAGAAAACAAGAUGAAAAUAGAAAAUUAGGAGUUCCACCUGAAGUUAUAUCCGGUAUGGAUGAUAUAGAAACCUAUGAGUCACUCACACAAGUUUUUGAUGUCAAAGCUCGAGGAGCCCCCAAGCCAAAAAUUAAAUGGUUUAAAGACGGAAAAGAAAUUUCAAAAACCAGAAAUAUUCAAAUUAUUGAUUCUGACGAAGAAGAAUGCUUUAAGCUGAUUGUAACAGAUUUGAGAGUAGCCGAUUCUGGAACAUAUACUUGCCAAUUAACAAACGAAGUCGGUGAAACAUCGAAAUCUGCAAAUCUUAAUGUACAAGACGUGGAAUUGCUUCGUGGACCAAAAAUUAAAAAGCCACUAAAUGACCUCGAAAUCAUCAAAGGUCAAAAAGUUGCAUGGUCAUUCACGCUAGUAGCAGAUCCAGUUCCUGAUGUUUUAUGGACGUGUAAUGGAAAGGAAGUAAACGCAGAUUUUUCAGUUAGUUCUGUUGAAAUAGCAAAUGGUCUAAAAGAGUGUACUUUUACUAUGACUAUACCAUCUUCCGAACUAAGUGACACUGGUAUUUACCAAGUAAAAGCUACAAAUAAAUUUGAUUCAGCAGAGUGUAGUGCCCGUUUGGAUAUCGUAAUGAGACCGGAAAUAGAAGGAUUUCACGAUAUUACAGUCAUACCUUCAAUGGAAGCUGUAUUUGAAGCUAUUAUUAAAGCAGUACCUAAGCCUAAAAUCUCUUGGACUAUUAAUGGAAAAGAUUUAUCUGAGCGUAAUGAUGUUGAACUUUUAAGUGAAGAAUUAGAAGAAAAUAUUAUGAAAUUUAAAAUCAUAAUCAGAGAUGUUGAACCAGAAGAAGCUGGAGAAUACAAUGUAAAAGCUUGGAAUAAAGUAGGCGAAACUACAGCUUCUGCAAAACUCAAACUUCACACUGAAAUUCCUUCAUUUGUUAAAUUGUUGGAGGAUAAAACCAUAGAAGAGUAUAAAGAAGUGCAAUUAACUGUAAGAGUUAAUGGAGUUCCAAAACCAAAAGUUACCUGGUAUAAAAACGGCGAUGUUGUUAUACCUGACCUUAGAGUAACUGUACACACUAAUGAAGACGGACAAGUUAAAAGUACCCUCACUAUUGAUCAUUUCAGCGACUUGGAGAUUGCUACUUUUUCGGUCAAAGCUGUUAACAUGGUCGGUGAAGCAGAAACUUCAUCUAAAAUGACAAUGGCAGAAAUUAUACCAUCUUUUGUGAAACCAUUCGAACGUAUAACAGAAGCGAUUGAAGGGUGUCCACUUGAGAUACAGGCAGAACUUAUUGGAAGUCCUCGCCCUUCUGUAAAAUGGUACAAAGACGGUGAAGAACUCAAAGAAGAUGAACCAUGUGAUGGUCAAGAAAAACAUAUACAGUUAGAAACAAAUCCAGAUGGAUCAAUUUUAUUAAAAAUUGAUAAAGUCGAACAAGGAGAUUGUGGAGCUUACAAAAUCAUAGCUACUAAUGACUUUGGUAAAAGUACGACUAACACUGCUUUAGUUGUAACAGAAACGCCAAAGACGCCAAUUAUUAUCAAAAACCCAAAAGACGUCAACAUAACUGAAGGAGAUGCAAUAAAAAUAGAAGCUCAGUAUCAGGCUCAUCCAGCAGCUUUAAUUAAAUGGUAUAAGGAUGGACACCUUCUUUAUCCUUGUCCCCAAUUAGACUUUGUAAUGGGACCCAAUGGUUAUAUCGCUCUUAUAAUUGAAAAAUCAAAGCUUGAAGAUGCUGGUAUUUAUGAAGUUGUAAUAUCAAAUGAACUGGGAAAAGCCUCUAGCCAAGCAAAAGCAACAGUUAUUCCAGCACCCAAGGCUCCAGAGUUUAUUACACCUCUGAAAAACUCAAAAGUGGUUGAAGGCUUCCCUGCAAAGUUUCAAAUUCAAUUAUCUGGAUAUCCACACCCAGAAUUGUCAUGGACGGUAAACGGAAGUCCAUUAAACGUAGAUGGAGAAAAGGUAAAACUUACGCAUGGUCCGGAUGGUCUCCAUUAUCUUUUGAUUGAAAAAACAUCUCCCGAGCUUACAGGCAAAAUAACUGUUACUGCAUCAAAUGAUCACGGAACAAUUUCAUCAGAAGCUAAUCUAGCAGUUACUUCAAAAACGAAUUCUGAAGCUUCGGAAAGUGAACCUAUAUUCCUUCACGGACUAAGGGAUACAACUGUAGAAGAAAGCAAUCUGUUGACGUUAUCAGCUCCUUUCCUCGGUAAUCCGAUACCAGAAGUUAAAUGGGAAAAAGAUGGAAAAGUAAUACAGCCUUGUAACAGAAUUCAUUUUUCGUGCGAUGGAUAUAAAAUUGGGCUGGAAAUACAAGAUACCAACACUGGAGAUGCUGGAAAGUACACAUGCACAUUAACCAAUAAACUUGGAUCUACUGUAUCAGAUGCCCACGUUUCUAUUCGAAAGUUAUACCAAGCUCCUAUAUUCACUCAACGCUUUUCGCAUAAUCAACAACUACUUUCAAGAGAUGCAAAAUUCCACGCUAGAGUUACUGGAGUACCAUCACCGAUUAUUAUGUGGCACAAAAAUGGUCGUCAAUUAAACAACGGUGAUAAAUACAAAAUUCGUCGUGACGGUGAAGUUUGUAGUUUAACAGUAUGCGAUGUCCAAGAAGAUGAUGCGGGUCUAUACAGUUGUAUUGCAACUAAUAGAGAUGGAACUGCUACUUGUGAAGCGCAACUUGCUAUAGCUCCGAAAAUCGUCGACAAGUCUAGAAAACAAGAACCACCGUCAUUUAUGAAAAAAAUUGGAGACUGCGAGAUUUAUGACGGCAUGACCGCAAAGUUUACAGCAUGUGCUACUGGAUGGCCAGAACCCGAGUACGAAUGGUUUUUCGACACUAAUCGAUUAUAUGAAACAGAACGUAUAAGAAUGGAAAAAGAGGGAAGUGGUUUGAUACGGUUAAAAAUUUUACAUGCUGACUCUCUUAUUGACUCUGGUCGAUACAAAUUACGAAUUUUUAAUCCGCACGGUGAAGCCUAUUGCGAGGCAAGCAUCAUUUUUGACAAUGGAUUAGAUUCACGAUCUAAACGUCCUGUUGGUGAGCUAUACAAAGACUUUGAUCGAUAUCGUGCUACUGGCGCACCAUUACCAUUACCUGAUCCACCAAUAAUAAGUCGAAUGACAGACAGAAGACUAACAUUAACAUGGAGGCCAUCUUUACCUAUUACUCCAAGAACUCCAGUCACAUAUUUAGUGGAAAUGGAAGAACAACCUAAAGGUGAUUGGACCACAGCUAGAGCUGGUAUAAGAGGUUGUGCGUGUGACAUACACAACUUGAUACCAUUCAGAGAUUAUAAAUUCCGAAUUAGAGUUGAAAACAAUUACGGAGUUAGUGACCCAUCACCAUUUGUUUUAACAUUCAGAGAAAAACUUGAACCAGAACCACCAAAAUUUAAACCAUAUUUACCACGAGGAAGUAUUUUCAAACCAGAAUCGUCGCCAUAUUUUCCUAAAGAUUUUGACAUCGAGAGACCACCUCACGACAAUUAUGCACAAGCUCCUAAAUUUUUGCAUCAAGAACACGACACGCAAUACGGUGUUAAAGGUCAUAAUGUCAAUCUGUUUUGGUUUGUGUAUGGCUAUCCUAAACCAAAGAUGCAAUAUUACUUCGAUAACGAAUUAAUAGAAAUGGGCGGUCGUUAUGAUUCAAGCUACACUCGAAAUGGCCAAGCAACCUUAUUCAUUAAUAAAAUGCUUGAUCGAGACAUCGGCGUGUAUGAAGCUGUUGCCACUAAUGAACACGGGACAGCAAGACAAAGAGUAAGAUUGCAAAUAGCCGAGUAUCCUAGAUUUUUGAAAAGACCCGAAGAAACGUAUGUAACUUUACGUAAAAACUGCAAAUUGGAAGCUCGGGUCGUAGGCGUUCCGUACCCAGAAAUAAAAUGGUAUAAAGAUUGGCAGCCUUUAGUUAAUUCAGCGAGAAUCCAGAUAGAGCAAGUAGAACCAGAUAUAUGUAUUCUACGUAUAGAAGAUGUUAUCAUGAAAGAUGAAGGAUUAUACAGUAUAAGUGCUCGAAAUUUAGCUGGUUCUAUAUCUACAUCAGUAGCUAUUCAUAUCGAAGAUCGAGAAUCGGAUUAUUCAAACAACGGCAAAACAGAAAUUAGGUGGAAGAAGAAGGACUUAGAAGAUCUCUACGACAUCGGAGAAGAACUGGGAAGAGGAACACAAGGCGUCGUGUACCACGUAGUAGAAAGAUCUACAGGUAGACAUUACGCUGCCAAAGUUAUGCAUGCUAAAGGUGACCACUUAACAAAACUGAUGGACAAUGAAAUGAAAAUAAUGAGUGAAUUGAGCAAUCGACGUAUAAUUCGGAUUCACGAGGCUCUACAAAAUUCCAAAACACAUGUUCUCAUCACAGAACUUGCUGGCGGUGGUGAGUUAUUGGAUAUUCUUACCAAACAGUCAUUCCUAACUGAAUACGAUGUAUCAUUGUACAUUAUUCAAUUGUUAAAAACCUUGAGGCAUAUGCACGAAUUUGACAUAGCACAUUUAGGCUUAACACCUGGAGAUUUACUAAUAUCUCACCCAGGAGGCGAUACUCUAAAAUUAUGUGAUUUUGGCCUAAGCAGAAAAGUAAAUCGAAGAAAAUUAGAAACCGUUGAUUAUGGUAUGCCAGAGUUCGUUUCUCCUGAAAUAGCUAAAGGAGAAGGAGUCGAUUUGUAUUCUGACAUGUGGUCAGUUGGAAUUAUUACUCAUUUAUUAUUAACUGGAGUAUCACUGUUCCGUUGUGUCAAUGAUGCCGAUACCUUGGAUAGAGUAAAAAGUGGCUCGUACACUCUGAGUACUAAAAUAAGCGAUCUAGCAAAAGAUUUUAUUUCAAAACUCUUAGUGUUAAACCCUAAUGAUCGUUUGGACGUAACGAAAGCACUAAAACACCCAUGGCUACAACUUGGUGAAAAUAUAACAAAAGAAUCUGAUCAAAGAAAUACUGAUUCCCUCAGAAACUAUUAUAAUAAUUUCAAGGAUUGGUAUAGUAAUGCGUCUUGUAGAAACUGGUUGAGGCGUAGACCAUUAACUUCGGCUUAUAGUCAUCCUUCAAAAAUGAUCUAUCCGCCAGGAAUAAAAUGUACACCUAGUCCAACCCCAGAACGAGAACCAACUAAACACAUUAAGCAUGUACCGUGUUGGAAAGAUAAACUUAUUCCCAGAGACAAAGAACCAAUUGACACAGAAAUAGGAAUUGUUAAAUCUGAAAGUCAUUAUCAAUAUGGCCCAGAUACGUAUUUAUUGCAGCUUAGAGAUACGAAUUUCCCUGUUCGUUUGCGAGAAUACAUGAAAGUUGCUGGUAAGAGUUUAUCAGGUCGAGGAGGAAGCGAAUCACAUUUAGAUUGGGAGGCACCAGUUAUUCGUGAAAGAAGGAGGUUCACUGACAUAAUGGACGAAGAAAUUGAAGAUGAGCAAAAAGCAAGGAUUAGUCAAUAUGGUGCUGAUGUGUAUACAUUAAGAAGACUUAAACAAGAAGUUGGGUCUAGACCUACCGCCCAAGUUGAAGCUGAAGCCAUUUUGGAGUCAAGAAUUGAUGGACAACCGCCAUUCUUUAGAGAAAAACCACAAAAAUUACCAAUUGAACCAGACAAGCCAGCUGAUCUUAUGUGCUUAGCCGUAGGCGUCCCAAAACCACUAGUUCAAUGGUUUAAAAAUGAUAUAGUUCUGGCCGAAAGUCAUAGAAUUAAAAUGUUAGAAGACAACGACGGAAGAUCUAUUCUCAGAUUAGAUCCAGCGACUGAAUUAGACUUGGGAAUUUAUAAAGUCGUGGCAAGAAAUAAAUUUGGACAAACGACGGCUCGAGCACGAAUUGUAUUGGCUCAUGUACCUGGAAUAAUGGAUGCUCCGGUUAUAAAAGAAUUUUCAGAUACGGAAAUUUUAGUACGAUGGGAUCAUCCAAAAUCGGAUGGAAAUGCACCAAUUCUAUGUUAUCAAUUAGAAGUUCGUGAAAAUGAAGGUGAAUGGGAAAUAGUGGCCAAAAACAUUGAUCACGAAUUCUGGUUAAUGCAGAAUCUUAGACCAUACACAAACUACGAAUUCAGAUUAGCAGCAAUGAACCGUAUUGCGUGGGGACCCACUGGACCUGCAUCAGCAGUUGUCCGAACUAGUUUCCCUGAUUGUCCAAAGUUAGAAGUGCCCCCUGCAAUGUUAAAUCUCCAAAUAAUAACUGAAAACGGACACGAAAUUAUUGGGGAUGAGCCACAUAAUAAUUUAGAUUAUUCACUAGAGUACAAACCUACUGAAUGGGUUGAACAACCUCCGAUAGAGAAGUAUCGUUUUAUUUCAGAAAUUGCUAGAGGGCGAUUUUCAGUUGUUCUGAAAGGAAUAGAUACUACUAACGAGUCUAUAAUUGUAGCUAAAUUAUUAGAAGUCACACCUGCCACGGAAUCAUUAAUCACACAUGAAUUUAACACUUUGAGUACCUUAAGACAUGAACGAAUAGCAUAUCUUAAUGAAGCUUUCAGGCUGGAAAAUGCACCGGUAGCUGUUUUUAUUCAAGAAAAACUCCAAGGAGCUGAUAUAUUGACAUACUUGUCAACAAAAGAAUAUUAUUCAGAACAAAUGAUUGCCACAAUUGUUACACAAGUGUUGGACGGAUUACAAUAUCUACAUUGGAGAGGCUAUGCUCAUUUAAAUUUACAACCUGACAACAUAGUGAUGGCUUCGAUUAGAAAUAUCCAUGUAAAGUUAAUAGAUUUCGGUUGUGCUCAGAAAGUCAGUAAACUUGGCGCGAUGGUAAAAACUGACAGUGUUCUUGAGUUUACGGCGCCUGAGAUCCUUUGCAAUGAACCUGCUUAUCCGUACUCUGACAUUUGGUCACUCGGAGUAAUCACAUAUAUAUUGUUGUCUGGCAUGUCACCGUUCCGAGGAGCUAAUGAUAUAGAAACAAGACAAAAUAUAACAUUUGUUAGAUAUAGAUUUGAAUAUUUAUACAAAGACUUAUCUCAAGAAGCCACACGAUUCUUGAUGUUGUUGUUCAAACGAACGCCAACAAAAAGACCGUCAGCAGAAGAAUGCCACGAGCAUCGAUGGCUUUUACCUACUGAAUACAUGAUUAAGAAAAGAGAAAAGACCAUGUUCCAUUCAUUUAAAUUACAGUUUUUCGCGAAGGAAUAUCACGAAAACCGAACCAAAGUAGCAACGUCAUCGCAAAAAUUACUUGAUGCCUUAGGAUCAAGACAUACAGGACUCGGUCGCUCCAACAGUGUAGUUGACGAACUUUUGAUAUUUAAAUGAACAAUAUUGUAAAACCGUCAUUACAUUAUCAAUUACAUUUUAAACCAAACCAUAUCUUUAGGUGUUACACUCAGUUUGGAGUCUGUUUUAUGUCUUCAUUAUAUCAUUACUUAAUUAUUUACAUUACAAUGUUACCACUGUAAUUGUUUUUUUUUGAUUUAAUCAAAUAUAUUAUUGUUAACUAUAA